AUGCGUACAAGCGACAUUUCGUUCUUCCCUAUCGAGAUGGAGGCCACGGCUUCGAUUCUUGACAUGCCGCCUCAUCACCUCAAAAGGCUCGGCCCAGAGGUCAUCCAUCACUUCGGGAAGACGAUGGCCACAGCCCUCAUGAAACAGCCACUGCAUGCCAUCAACAGUGCUUCGCUAGGAUACUGCAGUGAAGUUAUGAAUGCCAUUGGCGCAGGUCCGAAGAAAUUACCUGCUUGGGAUUGGAUCCAAGAGGUCAUGGCCAUGGCUGCUAGCAGAGCGCUGUACGGAAGGCAUAAUAUGUGGGAUAUGGAAAAGUUCAGGGACCUCUGGACGUUCGACGACAACUUGGCCAUCUUGGGGGCCAACAUAGCCCCGAAGCUGCUUGCUCCCAAAGCAGUGGCAGCUCGUCAACGUAUGAAUGCCCUGCUGCGGCCGUUCUACGUUAGCCAUCUGGAUGAUAGCCCCGACGUUGCGAGCAUUGUGAAGGAACGCGCAAGGUGCCUGCGGGACGUGGGAAUACCAUCUGAGGAUCUCUCGAGUAUGGAGUUCCUGCUUCCUUGGGCCGCCACAACGAAUACUAUACCGAUGACGUUCUGGUUUUUGAUGAAUAUCUUCGCCGAACCAGAAUAUGUCGACCAGGCCCGCCAGGAGAUUCUAGAAAUCACAGAGAUUGUCGAACGGGAAGACGGACGACGGGAUGCGACUGUCAACACUAGAGAUCUCGAGCCGCGGUGUCCCUUCCUCAUGGCCUGCUAUCGUGAACUCCUCCGAUUAUACGUCGCCCAGGUCUUCAACCGAAGAGCAAUGCAGGAUGUUACUCUCGAGGAUAGCGACGGUCGUCAAUACUUGCUGAAGAAGGGCACCAAUAUGCAAUGGGCUACUAGUGUCAUCCAUCUCAUGCCGGAUAUCUGGGGCGACGAUGUUACGUCGUUCAAACCUGAGCGCUUCCUCAACUUGACGCCGGAGGAGGAGAGACGGAGACGGGGGUUCAUGCUGCCGUUUGGUGGAGGCAAGCACAUGUGCCCCGGCCGGUUCUUUGCCCAGACCGAGAUUGUAGGAUUCGUCGGUGCUCUGGCACUCGGCUUCAAUAUCGAAGACGUCAAAGUUCCCCCGGCGGGUGCGCCGACGUUGGCAGGUGCGGCAAGACAUCCAGAGCGGGGCCGCCGGAAUGACGAGAUUGUAAUCUCAAGACGCAUAGGAUGGGAGGACGUCAACUGGCAGUUCGCAUGUUGA